AUGACGCUUGUAAAUGGCUCGAGCGAAACUGAAAGACACAUCCAUCACGCACUCUGUGGGCAUGGAGGAGAACGCGUGAUUCGCUACGGGGAGAACGAAAAUGAGGUCUACAAGCGGCAAACAGCAGUCAGCGUCGCUAUUCACGAUAGUCUGAACGGAGAUCCAACGUUCCUGGAGCACGAUGAUCCCAAGAUCUUGGUUAAACGGUUUGUGGAGCAGCUCGACAAGAGACACGCCCUCAUCGUGGAAGAGGUGGAGAGAAUGUACCCGAGACCCAAGGAUUUUGACAUGCUUCCAGAUAAGACUCAGAAUGCAUGGAACGAGUGGGUAAACCAAGUGGCCGUGAUCGGCUUCAACAGUGGCAAGUAUGACCUGAACAUGAUCAAGCGGUACUUUGUCGAUCAAAUUGCCAAAGACGAUAGCGAAAAGAUCAACGUCGCGAAGAAAGACAACGACCACAUGUUCUUCACAACCUCGAGGUUCAAAUUUCUCGAUAUCAAAAAUUUUCUCGCUCCUAGUAUGAGCUACGACCAAUGGUGCAAGUCUCUGGAUUGCAAACUCGAAAAGCUCGUGUUCCCAUACGAGUGGCUGACGAGCUAUGACGACCUAACCCACGUCGGACCCGUGGCGUACGAACACUUCUAUAGCAGUCUUAUUGGUAAAAACACCCCCUCUCUUGAUGAGUACAAAACAUUCCGUGCAGAGUUUUACAAGCGAGGCUGCGUCACCAUGAUGGACUGGUUGUGUGAGUACAAUUUAGCCGACGUGGAACCUUUCAUCGAAGCUGUGGAAAAGACAAGGUUGCAGUACUACGACGACGAGAUAGACAUCUUGAAAGACGCAGUAAUUAUUUCAGGCCUAUCGAUGCGCUACGUCUUGAAUAAGUCUCUACAACUGAAUCCAAAGCUAGAGCUAUACGCUCCAGGAGAGCCUUGUAAGCAUAAGUGUAAUGAAGACUGCUUCAACAAGAAGUGCAAGGCGUGCAAAAAGGUGCAAAAGGCUUGCACUGAGUGCACGAAGAAUGAGGCCUACGAGCUCUUGCAGACGGGCAUGGUGGGAGGGCCUGCCAUCGUAUUCUGUAGGUACCACGAGAGAGACGUGACGGGUAUCAGAUCUCACAUCUACCAGGAGCCACGGAAGUGCAAAACUGUUUUGGGGCUUGACGCGAACCUGCUGUACCCUAGUAGGUUGAUGAACUACUUUCCAUGCGGUAAAGAGAAGCUGAUCAAGAUCAAACCACCCACGGCUGAGCACAACAUCAGACUGUUGAAAGAAGGUAUGCAAAAUGGAUCCCUCUUUGGUUUUGCGCAGGUCGACAUCGAGGUCCCUCUGAAACUUUAUGACAAAUUCAGCGAGAUGGCUCCGCUAUUUGUGGUCAAGGAGAUACCCGACGAUCAAAUCCCCGAGCACAUGCACGAGUACCUAAAAGCAACAGGGCGAACACGUAUUUCAGGCACACGUAAACUCCUAGGGUUGAUGAAAGCUGAAAAGAUCUUGCUGUUCACAACCUUUCUCGAGUGGUACCUUGACUAUGGCCUGAAAGUGACUGCUUUUCACCAAUUCAUCAAGUACACUCGAGGUAAACCGUUUGCGUGGUUUCCGGAAGAAAUUGCAGAUGCACGACGACAAGCCGAUAAAGACCCCGACAAGCGCAUCGCGGGAGAUACGGCGAAGUUGAAGGGGAACACGUUCUAUGGAAAAAUGAUCGAGGACCCAGCGAGGCAUGCGAACACCACCUUUACGAGAGAUGAAAAGACGGUGGAUGCAGCGAUGAGAUCGCCGUACCUUGAAGAUCUUGAAGAGAUAGGUGAUGCUUACGAGAUCCGAGAAGGAAAGAAAAAGGUGCAUAUCGACAGAGCGUACCAGUGUGGCAUUGCAGUGUACCAGCUGGCCAAAUUGCGCAUGCUUGAGUUCUAUUACGAUUUUUUGAAUAAGUACGUGGAUCGUCGAGACUUUGAGUACGUCUACAUGGACACAGACAGUGGAUACUUUGCGAUCUCUGGGGAAGAGUUGCGAGAUGUCGUUCGCCCUGAACUACUUGACGAGUACGACAAAGACGUAAAAAACUGGCUCGUCACUGAUAAGUACUCAAGUCGAACAGGAGGGAUAUUCAAACCGGAAUUUAUCGGGUUUAGGAUGAUCGCUGACACAACCAAGUGUUACUUUGUGGAAGGUAAAGAGGGCACAAAAUUCUCCUUAAAGGGCAUGUCGAAGAAGCGGAACGCUAUGACAUGGGAGAGGUAUAAGAACGCGUUGAAUGGCUUUAUUGACACUGUGAAAAACGUAGGUUUCAGGGUGCGCAACCAGGGGAUGGUUACGUACGAACAAAACAAGCUGGGCCUCUCGGCGUUUUAUGAUAAGCGAAAGGUACUCGAGGAUGGUAUACAUACGGUGCCUUUGGAAUUGUAA